UGGGUUCAAGUGUGAGUAUGGUCUUGAUGGGAUGUCCACUGUCUUCUACAAAAUGUAUUGUCAUGUCAUAAGGAAUGACCUUAUAGAUGUGAUAAGAGCUUUUUUCGCAGGGGCUACAUAUCAUCGAUUUCGACCACACACAAGUCACCCCGCUGGGUUCAAGUGUGAGUAUGGUCUUGAUGGGAUGUCCACUGUCUUCUACAAAAUGUAUUGUCAUGUCAUAAGGAAUGACCUUAUAGAUGUGAUAAGAGCUUUUUUCGCAGGGGCUACAUAUCAUCGAUUUCGACCACACACAAGUCACCCCGCUGGGUUCAAGUGUGAGGCUACUGGCCCGGAUGUUCCAUUUGCUUGGGGAUACUGCUUCAAAGAAGAACAAGGCAACCCACCAGAUUAUUGUGUUGCAAAUCAACAAUGGCCAUGCGUUCCGGGUAAGAAGUACUAUGGUCGAGGCCCCAUCCAAAUCUCAUACAACUACAACUAUGGUCCAGCAGGAAGACCCAUUGGAUUGAAUCUGCUAAACAGCCCCGAAACCGUUGCAAACUAUCCAGUAGUUUCUUUCAAGACAGCGUUGUGGUUUUGGAUGACACCCCAAUCGCCAAAACCUUCAUGCCACGACGUCAUCACCGGAACAUGGAGGCCAUCGGCAGCAGAUACAGCAGCCGGUCGUGUCCCUGGCUAUGGUGUGAUCACCAAUAUCAUCAACGGUGGAAUUGAAUGUGGUAAAGGUUCUAACCCACAGGUGGAGGAUCGGAUCGGUUUCUACAAAAGAUACUGUGACAUACUAGGAGUAGGCUAUGGCAACAAUCUGGAUUGCUACAACCAGAGGCCUUUUGCUUAG